CACUCAGACUGGGACUCAGCCUCCAGAUUCCGGAGCCGAAUCAGCUCCUGCUUAUCACAAAUGAGGCAGGCUCUGGUGUUCUGCUGUCAGCACAGAUGGGCUGAAACAAUACGCUAGAUCCUUCUCCCCUGCACUGGACCACCCCGAACGUCUAAGAGGCAAGGGCGGAGCUGGGGUUGCCUUGGAAACUGGAGAAGCCAUUUAUCACAUGUAUGCUGAUGGGAUGAAGAGAGGACCGGUCCAACGGCGCGGCGGAGGCGCCUCCCAGCGGCCACCUCUCUACAACGACGUUUCCGGCUUCUGGGCGUCACUGCGAGCUCCCUGGAACUGCACAGGUCGCGUGCGUGCGACGUACGACGUCAGAGGAGGCGGGACUUCCUGUUCCCACUAAAACUAUUUCCGGCGCGUGCCGGAAGACCUCUCGGAUGGCCUCUGGGGCGGCCUAUGUGUGUGUGUGAGCGCUGGAGCUGCGGGCCUUUUUCGCGCCCGCUGGUCGCCACAUGGUGCAGGCAGCGGCCGCCAGACUCCACUCAGAUCUGCAGCGCUGAGGCGCCAGCGCAGCGUGCGACAUGUCGUCGAGCCUCCGCGCUGCCGACUUCCCUCGCUGGAAACGCCACAUUGCUGAGGAGCUGAGGCGCCGCGAUCGGCUGCAGAGGCAGGCGUUCGAGGAGAUCAUCCUGCAGUAUAACAAGUUGCUGGAAAAGUCAGAUCUUCAUUCAGUGUUGGCCCAGAAACUACAAGCUGAAAAGCAUGAUGUACCAAACCGGCAUGAAAUAAGUCCUGGACAUGAUGGCACAUGGAAUGACAGUCAGCUACAGGAAAUGGCCCAGCUGAGGAUUAAACACCAGGAAGAACUCACUGAAUUACACAAGAAACGUGGGGAGUUAGCUCAGUUGGUGAUCGACCUGAAUAACCAGAUGCAGCAGAAGGACAGGGAGAUACAGAUGAAUGAAGCAAAAAUCGCGGAAUGUUUGCAGACCGUCUCUGACCUGGAGACAGAGUGCCUGGACCUGCGCUGCAAGCUCCAGGACCUCGAGAUCGCCAACCAGACCUUGAAGGACGAAUAUGACGCCCUGCAAAUCACCUUCACCGCCUUGGAGGAGAAAUUGAGGAAAACUACUGAGGAGAACCAGGAGCUGGUCAACAGGUGGAUGGCCGAGAAGGCCCAGGAGGCCAACCGCCUUAAUGCUGAGAACGAAAAGGACUCCAGGCGGCGGCAAGCGCGACUACAGAAGGAGCUCGCGGAAGCAGCGAAGGAGCCUCUGCCAGUAGAACAGGAUGACGACAUUGAAGUCAUCGUGGAUGAGACCUCUGAUCACACAGAGGAGACCUCUCCUGUGCGAGGCAUCAGCAGAGCCGCCUCUAAGCGACUCUCGCAGCCUGCUGGAGGCCUUCUGGAUUCUAUCACUAAUAUCUUUGGUCUGUCCGACUCUCCCCUUUUGGGACAUCACUCUUCUGAUGCUGCCAGGAGACGCUCUGUCUCUUCCUUCCCAGUCCCCCAGGAGGUACCUGUGGAUGCUCAUCCUAGUCCUGGUAAAGACGUGAGAGUGCCGACUACUGCCCUGUGUGUCUUCGAUGCACACGAUGGGGAAGUCAAUGCCGUGCAGUUUAGUCCCGGCUCCCGGCUGCUGGCCACAGGAGGCAUGGACCGGCGGGUCAAGCUGUGGGAAGUAUUUGGAGACAAAUGUGAGUUCAAGGGUGCCCUAUCUGGCAGUAAUGCUGGAAUUACAAGCAUCGAAUUUGAUAGUGCCGGAGCUUACCUCUUAGCAGCUUCAAAUGACUUUGCAAGCCGAAUCUGGACUGUGGAUGACUAUCGAUUACGGCACACACUCACAGGCCACAGUGGGAAAGUGCUGUCUGCCAAGUUCCUGCUGGACAAUGCACGGAUCGUCUCGGGAAGUCAUGACCGGACCCUCAAACUCUGGGACCUGCGCAGCAAAGUCUGCAUAAAGACGGUGUUUGCAGGAUCCAGUUGCAAUGAUAUUGUCUGCACAGAGCAAUGUGUGAUGAGCGGGCAUUUUGACAAGAAAAUUCGUUUCUGGGACAUCCGAUCAGAGAGUGUGGUCCGGGAGAUGGAGCUGCUGGGGAAGAUCACCGCCCUGGACCUGAACCCGGAGCGGACUGAGCUGCUGAGCUGCUCCCGGGACGACCUGCUGAAAGUCAUCGAUCUUCGGACGAGCACCGUGAAGCAGACCUUCAGUGCACCCGGCUUCAAGUGCGGCUCAGACUGGACCAGAGUGGUCUUCAGCCCUGACGGCAGUUACGUGGCAGCAGGCUCAGCCGAGGGUUCGCUGUAUGUCUGGAGCGUGCUCACAGGGAAAGUGGAGAAGACACUGUCAAAGCAGCACAGCUCCUCCAUCAACGCGGUGGCGUGGGCCCCCUCCGGCCUGCACGUCGUCAGCGUGGACAAAGGCAGCAAAGCUGUGCUGUGGGCACAGCCAUGACUUUGGAGAGCCACGGGGACUGCCACACUCCUGUCCUUGUGUGGGGGGCAUUCGGCCUUCCUCCGGCGCUGACGGUUGGCCUGGGAGAGUCCACACUGAGCCCACCUGGCCCUGUGGGCCCUGUCUGGGCGGGAAACACUACUAGCUCUGGCCUUCCAUACCUCACUGGGGAGCACGGGGCCUCCUUGGACGGCAGUGCCAAGCAUACUCGUGCACAGCUGGGUGUCAGUCCUCAGAGUUCCCCAUCUUCCCAGAGUCACUGUGGCCCGAUGUGCACCCCCUGCCUUGGGGCACUGGCUGGGUGGUGGGAACGCUUGGGCCACAGGCCUCUUGUGAUCAUGUCUUGUUACUGCUGAAACAUCCUUAGGUCUCUCCGACUGGUCUUCGGAGCCUCUGGCUCCCUUCCCCACCGCUUCUGCAUGUCCAUAUCUUGGUCAGGAAGUAAAUCUCAAUUUGGCUUAAGAAGUUUUGAGACAGAGAGGACAUGGCCAGUCUUUUCCAGUGAAGUGUGUUCCUGUGUCACUGCAGAUGCCCGGCACGUGGGUGCACACCACCUUCAUGCUGGUGACAAGGGAUCAGGCCAGAGUGUACCAUCCCGGGGCUGGCAGCGGUGACCUAGCCACACUCUGCCAGGCUGCCGGUCACCUCCUCCGUGUGUGCUGUGGGAAGCCCUGUCCAGGGCCGGGGUGGUGCCCUUCCCCGUCCAGAGGCUGUGACGAAGGCUGGGAAACAGUUAUCUUCACCAUGUACCUGUGUAUAAAGUUUCGGUUCUGUGUCUGAAACGCCAUGUUUUAUCACAUCAUGAUUUGCACUUUAUUUUUUCUCACACGCUCACUCUGGACAGUUGGGGAUGUGAGUGCUGGAACGGGAAGGGGAGCGAGGUGCCCUUCCUCCUCUUCAGGCCUUCAUUUCUCCUCCACUGCCAUCCAGAGACCUCAUGUUGGGAGGAGCUGAGGUUCACAGGCCAGGGCACAUCUUUUAUUUAUUUAAUUAUGUCGCCAAACAGAACUUGAUUGUAAAUAAAAAUACUCUGUUAUACUUUUCAAA